AUGGAGCUCAAUGAUUGGAUCUAUGAUGUGAAGGAAAAGAAAUGGAGCGUUGCGGGUAUGGGCUUGCGUAAAAACUGGUCGAACUCUUGGUGCGUGAUAGACAAUGUGAUGUUUUCUUACUCUGGCUUGAAGUAUGUGUGGUAUGAUUCAGAGAGUAGGACGUGGAAAGAUGUGUGCGGUUUGGAAGUGCUGAAGAAGUAUCGUAGUUCUAAUAGUAGUGUUUAUCCGAAUGGUCGUGUGGUUGAAUUAGUGAACUAUGGUGGGAAACUCGUGAUUAUUUGGGAUAGGUUUGAGCGGCGUGGUCGUAGUCAGAACAAGAAUAUUUGGUGUGCGGUGGUUGCGUUGGAGAGAAUCCAUGAAGGUUUUUGGGGGAAGAUUGAGUGGUUCGAUGUUGUGCAUACUGUCCCCAAGUCGUAUGAGUUCUUGCGUUGUCUACCCGUUUUGGUUUGA